AUGAGUUCACCGGUUAAAGGGGUUUCAUUGCCACAAUCCCCUGUUAAAGGAGGUACACCAACAAAGGUGCCUGGUACACCUGCGGACCUGACACAGUCCAAGAAGUCAAGUAAAACGUCCUCACCUACGAGAUCAACAGGUGAAGAAGUUCAACGCUUUGUCCAUCAAAAUUCUGAUGAUGAGGACUAUUACACGAAACCCGAUUUUAUCUAUGGCGGACCGUUUAUCACCGUGAAUAGACCAUCCCCAUUCUUAGAUACUAUGACGCCUAUGAAUUUGCCACUGCAAGGGACAUUUAAAAAGAGCUUCGCGUAUUUUUCUCUGAAAGACAGGAUACCAGUGAUAUUAACUAAAAUAAUCGAUUAUUUGUCGAGAGAUGGAGCCAAUAUUAAAUCUGCCAAUGGCGCGUCGGAGGAAGAUCUCAAUAACUUUAUGCAAUCUGUGGUCAAGUUGAAGAACGAUUUAGUGACGAAUAAAGAUUAUGAUCCAUUUACUCUAGAUACGCCUAAUGCUAAAAAAUGGAACAUUUGGAUUGAGAAUCAAGAUAAUAAGAAAUAUUUCAAUAAUACUUGGAUGUUCACCGAAUGUUAUUUGUACAGGAAGCUCAGAGAAGGUUGUGAAUUGACCAAAGGUUUACAGAAUUUCGAUUAUUUUGAAGAACAAAAGAAGAGUGCUUUUGACAACAACGUAGAAUUGAUGUGCAUUGUCGCUGACAAAAUGGUGAACAUGGUCCACAAGUCGGAAAAAGACAAACGGAAAGCUGACUUCGUAACUUUAUUGAAGAUAUGUCUCUGGGCGAAUAAAUGCGAUCUCUCCCUCUCCCUCGGGUCCCAAGUCAACCUAAUCCAAGCAGCCAAGGACGCCACUGAGAAACUACGCCUGAACCCUCCCCCGCCUCCUCCCCCUCCGAAGAAGGGUAAGAAGGGGAAGGGGCCCGCUAAGGACGCCGCGCCACAAGCACCUCUUGUCAUCAGCCACGAUCCUUUCCAAAUGAUUCUUGAUUUGAAGGAUAAGUUGUUGGUGGACGACACGUCUAAAAUAGCCGAUCAAAUCGUGAACAAAGCUGAUGCCAUGAUGAAGGCUGUCAAUGCGAACACGACGUUCAAGUUCAAAUGCAGUUGCCAUAGAUUGGCCACACUCGCCGGCGUGCCCUUAUGUAAACAAGAAGCACCUCCCACGGAAGAAGGGAAAGAAGCAACCCCUGAGAAGGAAGCGAAAGAAGGAAAAGAUAAGAAAGAAGCGACUCCUGAGAAAGAAGGCAAAGAAGGGAAGGAAAAGAAAGAAGAUGCUCCCAAACAAAUACCCUGUCCUGCUAAAAUGACUGUUCCUCAAGCUGUUAUGUUCGAUAUUGUAUGUGACAACACUGGGUAUGAGUUGUUCGCGGAUCUAUGUCUAGCGCACUUCUUGGUCGCACAGAAGAUAGUACAAAAGGUGAGAUUCCACGUGAAAGACAUGCCGUGGUUCAUCUCUGAUGUUACUGAAAAAGAUUUCAGAUACGUCGUUAAUGCUUGCACUAACAGCAAUUUCAGCAAAGAAGCGUCUUCUGGAGUCACGGAAGGUGAGGGAGGUGCAGUAAAAGUUAUCAAGGCGGACAACUUGAGGACACUCGGCCAGCAGUGGAACCAGUACCUCACUGAUGGAGUCUUCCAGAUCAUGGCCGAAGAAUACUGGACAUACCCUCACGUAUACAGAGAUAUGAAGAAGUACGACCCCAACCUAUACCGCAAACUGCAAUAUGCCGUGGCGAUCCUGUUUAAGGGAGACCUGAAUUAUCGCAAGCUGCUCGGAGAUCGGAAUUGUAACCCUACUACUGGGUUUGAAGCUGCUUUGCAAGGCUUCAUCCCGGCGCCAAUAAUAGCGAUUCGUACAGUAAAGGCGGAGCUUAUCUGCGGACUACCGAAGGGUCGGUGGGACCAACUCACUGCUGCUGAUGAGAAGUGGAUGCAGACUGGAGAUUAUGGCGUAAUUCAGUACUGUCCUAAAGGCGAGGCGCUGAAGGUCGCCGACCGUCCGUGCAUGGACUACUGUCAAACCUGCUUCGGAGUCAUAUGUCCUGAACACACUGAUAUAUGA